AUGGAAAGAUUGCCGACAAAGUGCGCUUUAGCUAGAAGAAAUGUCCCGGUUCAGAAUCAACUGUGCGUAUUAUGCGGAGAUUACGAAGAGACAUCAGAGCAUGUUUUUGUUUCGUGUCAAUUUGCACAAACGAUAUGGCAAAAUUUGGCCGGAUGGUGUAUGAUCCCUCCGGUAAUUGCGUUUGGUAUUGGUGACUUACUUACGUUACAUGAAUCGAGUUCGGGUUCGAGAAAGAUAAGGAAAGUAAUACAUGCUUUAGUCUUGGUGACGUUUUGGAGUAUUUGGAAGGCUAGAAACGAAGUCGUUUUUAGACAAGUUAAAGCAAAUACGACAAGGAGUUUGGAUGAGAUCAAAUCGGUAACGUAUUUAUGGGUCAAAUCUAGAGCAAAAGUGGCGGCUUUAAGUUGGGAAGAUUGGAGUCGGUUUAGUUUGGGCGUCUUGUGA